AUGGGCCGUAGGCGGCAACGGUGUAGAUUCUGUGGUGUUGUAAGGCGCGCUCGCGCAGGCCGAGCAGGCGGGCCCGGACGCCUCGGGCGCAUCUUCUGCGGCGCGGGCGGGAGGGGGAGGCGCGCAGACCGCGACCAGCCGCAGCAGCGCCACACACCACCACCAGAGCACGGCGGCCAGCGCGCGGGCAACGUGCCCUACGCGGCCCGGGGCCCUUUCGCGACCGAAGUACGCACACCGUGGUCGCGCAGCUCACUUCUCCUCGCUAUCUCCGACAGUGCAUGCAGAGGCGCGGGUGGCAGAUGGUACGCGACGCGGGAGCGCGCGCGCGGCCACACGGCGACUGCGGCGCUCUUCCCGAUAGCGUACGACCGCACCCGAACACUAUUUCGGGAGCGACGCUCCGCACCGCUGCUGCCGCCCGCCCGUCGUGCGCUGCCAAUUUUACGCGAAAUUGCGGGCGGGCGGUGA